GUAGGUAUUAAGUAGAUAGUGUUUGUUGUGUUUUUAUUUUGUGUGUAUGGUUUUUAGAAGCCACAUAGUUAUAAUUUUCUUAUCUUUUAUUUGAAGCCAAAGUACAAAGAUAAAAAGCAGAUAAUUUCCCCUGAUAACUCUACUAUCACAAUAACACGAGAUAAGCUUUUCUCAACGCUGGAACUAAAAAUAAUAAGUUUCAUCUGUCGAAAGGGUCAUACAAACAAAAUAGUUUAAUUUAAAGUUUUCAGAAAUGGCUUCACGUAAAAGGAUUUUUGAUCUACUAAGAACAAUCGAUGUUGCUAGUUGUCAAUGUCCGGCUCAUGGUCAUAGAGGCAAAAUUCAUGUGUCCAACUCUACACCCACUAAGGAUUAUGCAUUUGAGAUAAAAUGUUCCACUGUGCGGUAUGGGAUAGGGGUGACAAGAGAAGUAGGUUUAGAUCUUGUGAAUCUUGGGGCUAAGAAUGUCUGUGUCAUGACAGAUCCAAACUUGGUCAGCCUUAGUCCAGUGAAAGCAGUGCUGGAUUCACUUACAAAGAAUGGUAUACAUUAUAAGGUCUAUGACAAAGUCAAGGUGGAACCUACUGAUACCAGUUUCAAAGAUGCUGUGAAAUUCGCACAAGAAGGGAACUUUGACAGUUUUGUGGCGGUUGGCGGAGGCUCUGUCAUGGACACAUGUAAAGCUGCCAAUCUGUAUUACAGCGACCCAAAGGCAGAUUUCCUGGACUACGUAAAUGCACCUGUUGGUAAAGGGAAACCAGUCACAGUGCAGCUUAAACCUAUGAUUGCAAUACCGACUACAAGUGGGACAGGCAGCGAGACGACUGGCGCUAGUAUAUUCGACUUCGAAGAGAUUCACGCCAAGACUGGCAUCUCCCACGCUGCGUUGCGGCCCAUCCUUGCCAUCAUAGACCCUCUUCACACCCUCAGUUUACCAGAGAAGGUAUCAAAUUAUUCUGGCUGGGACAUCUUCUGCCAUGCGCUGGAGAGUUUCACGGCCAUUCCGUACACGGAGAGGGGCCCCGCGCCGGCAAACCCGGCCCUGAGGCCCACCUACCAAGGCAGCAACCCGAUAUCCGACGUGUGGGCCAGAUUUUGUUUACAAAUAAUCCAAAAGCACUUCGCGCGUGCAGUGUACAACGCAGACGAUUUAGAUGCGCGGUCGAGUAUGCACCUGGCCGGGACUAUGGCGGGGGUCGGCAUCGGGAACGCUGGCGUGCAUCUCUGCCACGGGCUCGCCUACCCCAUCGCUGGGAACGUCAAGACAUUCGUCCCCAAGGACUAUGGGAGCGAUCCAAUAAUCCCCCAUGGUCUCUCCGUGGUGGUGACAGCGCCUGCAGUGUUCCGUUUCACCGCCCCCAGCGACCCUGAUAAGCAUCUAGAGGCAGCCAGCCUUCUGGGCACUGACAUCACGGGGAAGAAGCAGGCGGACGCCGGGAAAGUACUAUCGGACACAAUACUGAAGUAUAUGGAUGUUAUGAAGAUUGAAAGCGGGUUGGGCGCGCUCGGUUAUUCCGGGGACGAUAUUCCGGUUUUGGUGAAAGGUGCAUUGCCGCAGCAACGUCUACUGCAAAUUUCGCCUCUACCCCAGACUGAAGAAGAUCUAUCCAAAAUUUUAGAAAAUUCGAUUAAAAAUUACUAAUUUAUUACUGGCUACUUUAUAUAUAUUAGGGCUUGUUUUACCUCUGCAGAUAGCCUAUCAGUAACAUAACUGGCAAAUGACUUCAGGUAGAUUUAUCUAGUUAGCUUAUUUGUCAGAUUACAAUAUACUUUAUCAGGAAGUGGUGACUGGCCCUUUAAUCUAACAAACUUGUAAAAAAAUAUGUAAAGUGCUGAAAAUAUAUAUAAAAAUAUUAAAAUUUUAUUUGAAUAUUUUGAAUAUCAUUGUGCCAUUUUGUUUUUCGUAGAUUUUAAGUUUAAACAUACAGAGUAAGACUUAUUGUUUUAUAUACAUAGAUUUAUAUAUUUGUUAUUUUGUUAAUUAUGUUAUAUACUACAGGGAUUUUAAUAAAUAUAUUUUUUGUUACAA